UGACGGAACUGCAACGUGCCAAGACGCGCCGCGAGAACAAGAACCAACACCUCCAGAACCAUUCACGCCAAAAAUUAGCCUCUGGGUGUAACAGUUCUUAAUUUGAGUGAGAACUAUAGUUUGACUAUAUUCUUUUUGUUGUUUGCCUAAUUUGAGUGCAAUUGAUUGUCUUAUUUAGGAGCUCUCCCUCAUAUUUGCCGAAAGACGCGUACCUUCUCGAACAAGGAAAACAUAACCUUUUCUGUCUUACUUUUACCUCAGCAUUUAAAAGAGUAUUUAAAUGGACGAGACAAACUCUUCACAAACUCCCCAGUAUAUGAAGGUCGAGUCUGAUGAUGAAAUUCAACCUAUGAGUUUGGAUCGUGGGGAUGGGAGAUCACCAUCAGAAACGAACCAAACAAACACUGCAGGCGGCCAUUCACAAACCCCGGAAAAGGAAAAAUCUGAGAACGAUGUUGCCUCUUCGACUUCUCCAAACUCUGCAUCAAAUUCAAGAAAACGUAGUGCCUCUCCCACGCUCGAACCAAACAUCGAUCCCGAUGACAUGUUCAAGGACAAAACGUUAGAAGACUUUUUAAACAGUAUGGAUGAUUAUGCUCCUAUUAUUCCGGAUGUCAUCAUCGAUUACUAUUUAAGUCUGUCCGGCUUCAGCAGUGUUGAUCCUCGUAUGAAGAGGCUUUUGGGCUUGACAGCUCAGAAGUUCAUGUCAGACGUGGCUCAAGAUGCAUAUCAAUACUCGAAAAUCCGCACAGGAACUUCGUCUUCAGCUUCCGGUUCGGCUGCAGCACCAGGAGCUGGUCCUGCCGGCGCCAACAGCUUUGCCUCGGCCAGCAGACGUGCGGAUAGAGGAAAGACGGUACUUACAGUGGAGGAUUUGGGUGCGGCAUUAAACGAAUAUGGAAUCAACCUUCGUCGCCCCGAUUUUUUCCGUUAGUAACUAUUGGAGUUCAUCAUAGCGUUGAACUUGUUUGAGAGGGUUGGACACUUACAAAGAUACACUAUUACUAUGUACAAUAUUGCUUCCCAUAUUCUCUUCAUGACUACUUAUUUCGCCUUCUGCCGUCCAAAAUUCCCGUUCGUCUAUUUUCCUCAAUCUCUAAACCCACUUCACCCCCACUUCUCACUAUUCAGAGAAUUCACUACGCCAAAAAAGGAAAAAACCAAGUGCUU